UUUAACAGCUGCUGUGUAUAGCGGAGAAGGCAGGGAGACAGGGACGUGGGGGCUCUCUGGGCCGCUCUUGUCUUCGGGGAGAAGGUCCUUGGAGCCAGGCUGGCACUGGCUUUCUCCACGUGAACAAGGUUGCUAUGCCAGCUUCUCAGAGCCGGGCCCGGGCCCGGGACCGCAACAAUGUCCUCAACCGGGCCGAGUUCCUGUCUCUGAACCAGCCCCCCAAGGGGGCCUCAGAGCCUCGCAGCUCCGGCAGGAAGGCCCCAGGCUCGUUGGCGCAGCCACCACCCCCUGGUGAUGGGGCCCGUGAGCGGCGCCAGUCACAGCAGCUGCCCGAGGAGGACUGCAUGCAGCUGAACCCCUCCUUCAAGGGCAUUGCCUUCAACUCCCUGCUGGCCAUCGACAUUUGCAUGUCCAAGCGACUGGGAGUGUGCGCAGGCCGGGCCUCGUCCUGGGCCAGUGCCCGCUCCAUGGUCAAGCUCAUCGGCAUCACAGGCCACGGCAUUCCCUGGAUUGGGGGCACGAUCCUCUGCCUGGUGAAGAGUAGCACGCUGGCUGGCCAGGAGGUGCUCAUGAACCUGCUUCUGGCCCUGCUCCUGGACAUUAUGACAGUGGCCGGCGUGCAGAAGCUCAUCAAGCGGCGCGGUCCGUAUGAGACGAGCCCCAGCCUCCUGGACUAUCUCACCAUGGAUAUCUACGCCUUCCCAGCUGGGCACGCCAGCCGUGCAGCCAUGGUGUCCAAGUUCUUCCUCAGCCACUUGGUGCUAGCGGUGCCCCUUCGUGUCCUUCUGGUGCUCUGGGCCUUCUGUGUGGGCCUGUCACGUGUGAUGAUUGGGCGCCACCACAUUACGGACGUCAUCUCGGGCUUCAUCAUUGGUUACUUCCAGUUCCGUCUGGUGGAGCUGGUCUGGAUGUCCUCCAACACCUGCCAGAUGCUCAUCUCGGUCUGGUGAGCCGCCUGCUCAUGGCACACCUUCCCAAGGAGGCCAGGGGUGAGGGUGGCUGGAGAGAGGCUGCAGGAGGCUGCAUGGGGUCAGCAGGGGUUGGUGAACCAGCAGCCCCAGAGUUGGAGUCAGCCACUCCCACUUCAGCUUUCCCUUCCUGGUUGGAGACUGGCGACCCCAAGCCGGCCAGCCACUGGUGACUCAUGUGUUCAGUCGUGCUGGGUGCCACUUGCCCUUUUGCUUGGAAUCCAUGUCUCCUCUCUAGGCCCGAGGGGGCCCAGCCACGGAGACAGCCCUACUAAGCUUCUGCUCUGGAGAUGACAAGCGAGAAGCAAGAUGGCGGGAUAGGGGUUGAGUCUUUUCCUUUUGUCAUCAUAACUGUUGAGUUCUUGGCUGUGCCUAUCCCACCACAGCACAAUGCCCAGCAAAAUACCCCAAACCCACCACCCAAUGGAGGUGCCCAUUUUCAUUAAUGAUCAUCGAUAGCUUAGGGCAGCACUUUUGAAAGGGUGCCCCAUGGGAUACCAGCCUGCAAGAUGCUUUAGGGUGAAAAAAGGGCUUUGUGGUCAAAUAUGCUUGGGAAACACUGUAUAUCCUGCCCCUAUAUUGGAGUCAUGAGACCUAUUAUUGACAUAAUGGCAUUGACAAAGUCUUGUAGACAAGCUUCCUGUUGAGCCUUGUUGAACUCCAUGUUUCCUAAACUUAUUUGACCACAGAACCCUUUUCUCGUAGAACAGCUAUUAACCCCAAGUAACUAUGGUUUCCUCAAGUGCGUUUUGGGAGAUGCUGCCCCAGGAGCUAAAGGGCCUGGGGCUCGAGCUGGCCUCUUCCAGUGCCUGGCCCCAGAGCCUGGGAAGACCAGGUGCCCCCUGCCGCUGCCUGUGGGACUCUAGGCUACACGAAGCAGCCCACGGGCAACAGUGCUGCUUUGGCCCCUAGGGGCCGGACUCCAUGUGACCUAAUAGGUCUUUUCAAGUCAACUGUUUAUGGAUGUAUAUUUCAUGUGACAA